CCUGGGUAGUGGGCUAUGCUGUCCUCGCGUAUCGGCGUGGUGUUGAAUGAUGUGCGUCGGGCCUCGCACCGUGUGGUGCGCACCGUGUUGGACAAACAGCAAGCGCACGCCACGGAAGAGAGACCUAGGCGCAAGUCGGCACCGGUGCUCAGAACACUUUCAUCCCUGGCCUUCAAGCAUGACGGUUUGCUCUUUUAUGCGGGCGAGGAGGCGCCUGCGCGGGCCAAGCUGGCCGCCCGGGAGGCUGUGGGUCCGCCCAGACCCGCCUCCCUGGGACUGGACGGCGAGCCGCGCCGCUCCGCCACCCAGGACGCCGCCACCAUCACAGAGGUGUGCAGUGGAGAGGAGCUGCCCGAAGUGGAGAUCAUCAGUCUCCUGGAGGAGCAGAUCCCGCGCUACCGCCUGCGAGCCGACACGCUCACGCAAUUCACAGGCUACGAGAACCAGGACUGGUUCGUGCCCAGCCCCGCCCUCAAGCCGGAGGAGGCGGACCUAGACCUCACCCCGGACCAGAUACGAGAGACGCUCAACUACUUCAUUUUAUGCAGCAACCGGGUGAGCCAAAUGACCAAAACCUACAAUGAUAUUGAAGCAGUAACUAGGCUUCUAGAAGAGAAGGAGAAGGACCUGGAGCUGACGGCGCGCAUCGGCAAGGAGCUGCUCGCGCACAACCAGAAGCUCGAGGCCGGCGUGGCCGCGCUAGAGGCGGAGCUGAGGACCGCCAACGAGAGGCUCACCCAGCUGAGCCACGAGGUGCUCAAGAAGACCGAACUCAUACAGGUCCUCACCAACGAUGUGGACGACUCCAGCUCCGAGUCAGGCACGCCCACGGCGCUGCGCUGCGUCAACCUGGAGCUCAUGCAGCGCCGGAUCGGCUCCCUGGAGGAGGAGAACCGCCAGCUGCGCAGCGAGGCGAGCCAGCUGGCCUGCGACACGGACAAGUGCGAGGAGGCGGAGCGCCGGCUGGUCGCGAGCAUCGCCUCUCAGCUGGCUAGCACCAGCGAGGAGAUGGGCGGCUUGGAGGAGGAGCUGGGGCGCUGCAAAGAGGAGAGCAGGCUGCAGCAGGAGCAGAUAGCCAGCCUCACGAGCAAGCUCUCGGAUGCCGACAUCACCGUACACAGGCUGACGCUGGAGCGAGAGCAGCUGGCGGGCGUGCUGAGCGUGACGCGGGACAACCAGGCCAAGCUGGCCACGGAGCUGGCCGACCUGAAGGACCGCUACGCCGAGGUGAUGGGGCUGCUCCACGACACCCAGGAGCAGCUGCGACGCCAGCGCCACCGGGGCUACCCUCAGGUGCGCGGGGGCUCGCUGUUCCCCUCGCUGUGCACCGCGGCGCUGCCCGACUCCAUCGCCGGCGAGCUGGAGAGCUCGCUGCACUCGGAGCUCAGCCUGGACUCGGGCAUCAGCGCCGACAGACCGAACUACAAGAAGGUGUUUGAGACGGUGCGCUGCGCAUUGAGGAACGGCAGCCAAGGAGGCAGCGUCACGGACAGCCCUGUGCACCGCGUGGGCGGCGGGGGGGGCAUGGUCAUGUCUUCCGGGCCGCGCAUGAGCACGCACGCCCUGCAACCCCAGGGAGGCUCCCUCUACAGCAACUCCUCACUCAGCUUCCGCAGCCUGGACUCUGCGGGCCACAGCGACGGAGAGUUCUCCAUGCUCGCCGACACGGACGACAGCUACCCGGGCGGGGCUCAGCCGGGCGUGCCGGGCGUCCCGGGAGCUGCCGACCUGGAGGCAGCCCUGCGCAGACUGACGCCCGCGGAGGUGCUGGCACGGCGUGCGACGCUGAGCGCUGGAGGCGUGGUGGGCGGCUACGACCACUCCCCGCCCUCGUACCUGCCGCUCGGCUGUCGCACUCCCGACAGCAUCAUGUCGACUGGCAGCAGCGGCUACAGCAACCGCAGCGGCGGCUGGAAGCUGCCUGAGAAGCUGCAGAUAGUGAAGCCGCUGGAGGGGUCGCACACGCUGGCGGCCUGGGCCCAGCUGGCCACACCCACCAUGGGCGGGCUGCUGGACGACCGGCCGGGGGUGAAGACUCGCGGGGGCCGGCCCCUGGAGGAGCUGGGGCUGGAGGUGUACAGCCUCAGCGACCUGGAGGAGGACGAGGAGUACUGCAACCCGGGCAAGAGCUUCCAGAACACCGGUGCCGUCUACACCUACACCACCAGCACCGUUCUGCACCCGGACGACACCACCAGCGUCACUCCCAGCGUGCGGGGCAGCCAGAUGUGCACGCAGACCAGCAGUCGGCAGGACACGCCCGCGCCGCCCACGCCCGUGUGUCGCAGCCGGCGCAACUCCACUUCCACCUUCUCCACCACGCUGGGGCUGGCCAAGCUGCUGAACGAGCGUGGCAUCAAGGCCGUGACGCCCUCCGCCGUGCCCACGCCCUGCACGGACCGUAGCUUCACGCCCACCGCCACGCCCUGCAACAGCCCGUACGGCUCCCCCCCGCGCUCACCGUCCCCCCCACCGUACCACCCACUCGGACUGCCUGGAUUCCUGAACAGCGGCGCGGACUUGUUGCGCCGCACUCUGGUGGGCGAGGGGGGCAAGGCCUCCAAGACCCGCAAGGCGAAGCGCAGCAAGAUGUCCCUGUCUCGGUCGGAAAGGAAGGCUCUGACUGGCAUCCGCCUAGUGGAGAAGCUGGAGCGCAUCGGCCUGGAGACGAUCAUGGCGACCACUCCGUCCUCCGUGCCCCUCACGCUGCACGGCGCCCUGUACUCGCGGCGCACCCUCAAGAGCCCCAUGGCGCAGCUCACCAGCCUCAAGGGGGCCCUGAGCACGCCCGUGCCGGCCCCCGAGGUCCCGCCGCCGCUGGGCGUGCCCGCAAGGCCGGGCAGCGGGGCCCUGGACCGUGCCAGGAGGCAGCGCGGCGCGCCGGGCAGCGUGCGACCAGACCUGGGCACCGUGGGCACGCCCUCCAAGCGGCCGCGCUCCCAGGAGCCCUCCGCGCUGGGCACCAUCAGCUCCCUGCUGUUCGGUCGCAAGGGCGGCCUGCUGUAGGCGCACGGUCGUCAUGUCCGUCUCCCGUUCUCGUUGCCGACACUGAUGUUGGAGAAGUGCCCCAAGAAGAUGCCGAUAAAAGUAUUUUGCUGCUAGGAAAAUUACUUAGACUGAACUGUAUAAAUACAUAUAAAUAGUUUUGAAAGUGCGUGAUGUAAGUAGCAUUGCUGGCGUCGAGGCAGCUGUUGUGUGCUGUGACUGAGGAGUGGGAGUUGUCCCCUAGUGUGUAGAAGUGUAACUUGCCCCAGGAAACGUGGGUUGUGAAGCUGCAGGAGGCUACGCAGGUUUUUAAAUGUUAGUUUUCAUCCUAGCAUCUGCUGUCAAUAACCAAAUUAACAUAGUUUUAUAAAGUAGUGAUAUUUAAAAUACUGUAGCUCUAGUCAAAAUUGUAAUAGUAGCUUAUUUAGUUACAUUUAAUGGUAACAGUAUUUUAAUCCUGGUAGCUAUUUUAUCAAUUGGGUUGAAAAUGACGUACAAAUAUAAAGACUUAUACAAUUAUGAGUUUCAGCCGUAACACUUGUCAAACAUGUAUAAAAAUCAACCGAACUAGAUGAAGUCUUUUUUUAUUAUUAUUGUUAGAGCACCAAUGCAUCUGUCAAGAACUUUUAAUUACUCCUGCUGGUUGCAUUUUGUAAAAUUGUGUGUAUCCUGAACGUCAUUUGUCUCUGAACGAGGAGUGGUGGAUUCGUGAUGUUAGUGAGCUGUCGCUAGUCUUUGAAGAAGACUGUGCAGUCAGCUCAUGUGGAGUAAUAAGCGAUUUCUUAAGAUUUAUUUAAAAUUACAACAGAAGUAAUGACAUGUUGUUUGAAUGAUCCUUGCAUAAGGUGAAGAUUGAUUUUUAAUAAUUUUAUGAACAUACGCCAUGCCUGUUUACUUUGUUCGGGUGUGCAAAUUACGUUGUUUGAACAAAUGUAUGGGUGACAUCAUGUGAAGGGGCAGGCGUAACGGGCGUGGUCUCUGUUGCGUAGUGUCGUGAUGUCUCCCUUGUGGGUGCGAGACUUGAACACCCUUAUUACACAGUCACGAGUACUGGCCCUACGAGCAUCGCUUAAGGCUGUUAGAUGGUAGAUAGUAGGCUCUCUAGGCAUCCCACAUGCCUCAGUUCCUAUUGAAGUACACAUGUGGUGGUUCGGAGGAAGACUUGCAAGCUACUGGUGGAAUGGGUUUCAUUAACAUGUUGCUUACAGAUGUUAGUAUUUGAUAAGUAAAUAAAAUUCCAACUGCUAAAAUCAACAGCAGCACAAAAUAUGUAUAUGUGCGGACCAAGACACCAUGUGGAUUGGUUUUGUGCAAAUAAUUCUUUGUUAAUGUAAAAGAAAAAUAAGUGGAAUUUAUCAGGUGAAACAUUUACCACCCGAAGCAAAAUCCAAGAUAAAAAAAAAUUUAAAUACUUGGUAAAGUGGCAGAUGCUUCCAGAUCAGUUAAAAAUAUAAGUUGCACCCGGCCGGGCCAUCAUGAGAGACUGGACCUGAUAGUGUCUUCUCCGUCUUUACAGACUGUAGUUGUAUUAGAAAAUGUGCCGAUGGGAAUAUAUGUUACUAACCCUUUGAACACUUGCAGAUCUGAUUACAAAUAGACAGAAAUAAUAUCAUUGAAAUAAAUACAUUUCUACGUAAUUAAUUUUAGUAAAGUUCAAAACUAAGCCGCUCGAGCAGGAGUGUGUUUGUAAAUCUUGCAUGAGUCACCGCUGAGUCAUUAUAGACCUGAAAAUAAAAAAAAUUCUUAGGGAGUAAAACAAAAAUUAAAAGUUACAGUGUUAUUAUUUAUGUUAAUUACUACUUCUGGGGCAUGGAACCCUCUUCUCUUGCAGUACUGUAGUUGGAACAUGCAUACGCAUGUUGCUGCCAGAAAGAUAAGUUGAUAGUGGAGGAUGAUGCACAUCUGGCUUAAGGGAAGGCAUAGCCUGGGUCGACGUCAACAUGUAUGGCAACAAGAAACCUGAAAAGUGAAAAACAAAUACGAAUAGGUACAUAAACAUAGUAAUCAGCUGACUUGCUCCGUGUAGUGUGUUCACCUUGGUCGUCCCUUCUUGAGGUUUCUCUGCGACAUGUCUCCAGUGUGAAUCGGCAAUGGCAUGUGUCCAUAAAAAUAUUUUUUAAAAAAUAAUUAUGUGCAUCCUCAAUUAUAAAUAUUGUUUUUGAUUGAACCCCACAGACCUUAAAGAUCAUAAUCACAGUUUAUUAUGCAAAUCCACACAUCAAAAAGAGUUUUAGUUACAUGACAUGUUGAGUGUGUGGUUCCCUCCCUCCCCUCCUUUGAAUAUGAGAACACCUUCCAUAGAAAUUAAUUUAUGUUAAUGAGGAUGUUUAUUAUUUUUAAUGAUAUCUGUGGCCUGAGAAGGAUGCACAGCUCACUUAUCUUCCUUGCAGCUGCGCAAAACUAGAUGUAGUGUGGUGAGGUUUCUUUUCAAGGUCAUGUUCCUGAACUGUGGAGGUUGUGCCAGGUACAAAAGAGUAAUGCCACUCGGUUUUAAAAAAUUGGUGUGAAAUGUUUGUGUUACGUAAAAUGUAACACCAAUAAAUAUUUAUACUUCCUGGAGUUAUCUUCUGUGUUACAUAGCUCCACUGUGUAAUUCUAGUUUGGCGUAAUUUUUGUCCUCUAUAAAUCAUAAGCUUUAUGUUCAAAAUUAAUCCAUUAUGAGAGCAUACAUACUCAUACUCAGUUUCCUAGCUAUUUACUCUUGAGUGAAGAUAGGAGAGCAGAGAGUGUUGCCCCAGGAUGAUGGAAACUUAGUGGUUAGUGUUGUUCUCUGCCACAUCACUGAAGGUAGCUUCAAGAAAGAGAUAGUGUGGUGAAUGUUCAGAUAUUUAACAGUGAAUUCCUGUUGUACCCUCGACCAAUGCAAGCAGCAGUGUGCAUGUCUGGAGUUGGCUUGAGUCCUCACCCUGUGUAGCUCUCCCGAGGGACCUUGCCACAUGAGCACACGCAGCUGUGCAUGGCACUCGUUUCAACAGUUAAGAGUAGUGGUGUUGGAAACAGUUUGGCCGUGCUGUGCUCUUAUGUAUUACUGAACACUUGCCAUCAGAUGAACAUUCUUUCUUCAGAUAACAACUUCACAGGAGACGUUCCUAAUAAUUGCACGACUUCACUAUCCCGUCGCAGUCCCGAUUCGUUUUUAAGCCCUCUUCGCAACAGUCCGACUACACUUGCAGGCAUCUAGAUACCAACAACGGCACCCUUUCUUGUCCCGUAGGUUUUCCAGUGGUUAUGGUGUAAUGACAGGCGUUAUAAAUACUUUAUGUAUUAAAUUCCAAACAAAUUCAAUCUUCAUUACUCCAAUGUUUGUGUUGAAACAGUAAGACUGCUAGGACAGCUGUACACUGAGGUUGGUCGUUAUAUGUGAAAUACUUAAAUUGAUUCAGCCUCAUACUGCUUUCAAGGAACCAUUACAUUGGGCACUGAUUAGUAAUACAUAGUUAGUUCAGGUAUUGGUAAAUGAAACUGUUUUGAACGUCUCUUGUAAUGCAUAACGUGGUCUGUGCUUGGCAGCCAAGUCUUCUGUCAAGCACUAGACGUGCAGAGUGACUUUCACAGAAUGCCAUCUUUUCAAACGCACUGAAUUAACAGGUAAGGUUCAUAAAUAUUAUGACAAUGUGUAAAGAUCGAAAACUGUAAACAUUCUCUGUACUGUGAACAUUUAUCAGCAUUGAAUUUUGUGAAGCAUUUGUGAAACCUAUUUUUGUGCAAUGGUACAAACGAAGCUAGUGGUUAAGUAUGUUUUGUUGGUGCUAAAGUAUUAUGUAUGAUUUGUGAACAAAGUAUUUCUAUGAUACAUGCCGCCUUUAAUAUUUUGUCCGACAAAUGUAUUAUUAAAAAUUAAUAAAAAUCUGAGAGGCAUAUUUGGUGGGAGUGUAUUUUAAUGUUGGUAGGAGACGAAGAUUGUAAAUGUUUUAUAUUAGUAACUGUAGAUGUUCAAAUUUGAAACUUUGAACAGAAAAUAUUGUCACAGAAAUUUUUUGAAUUUGACUUAAUCUUUUGGUGAGGUAUAUUACCUUGUAUAAUAUGUGCAUUUCUUUGUAUAUUAUCUUAAAUUAAUAUGUUGUAAAAUAAAUUAUUUAAACAUGUUUUUGUUCUGCUUUUGCGUUCAGAU